GAAUUACUUUGGGGUCCCAUAACCGCAAACAGACGGAUAAAAUUACAAGAAGAACACUGUCUCUUUUCCGUUUCUAAUUUUCGCAGUAGAGGGGUUUAUCUUAGGGUUUCUUAUUGACCUCUGCAACUCAUGGCCAAGCCAACGCGGGGCCGUCCCUCGCCACCCUCCGGUUCCGCCUCCGGUUCAUCAUCUCGCUCCCGCUCCAGAUCACGCUCUUACUCCGGCUCAGACUCUCGGUCCAGCUCGCGCUCUCGCUCCGUUUCCUCCCGCUCACGGUCACGCUCUCGAUCAUUAUCUUCCUCUUCUCCUUCUCGCCGCAGUCCUCAGAAAAAGAGUCCUGCUGAGGCAGCUAGGCGAGGCCGCUCUCCACCACCGCAAUCUAAAAAAUCAUCUCCGCCUCCAAGGAAGGCGUCUCCCAUUCGUGAGUCUCUUGUUCUUCAUAUUGACUCACUCAGCAGGAAUGUAAAUGAAGGCCAUAUGAAAGAAAUUUUUGGCAAUUUUGGUGAAGUUGUGCAUGUUGAGCUGGCAAUGGACCGUACUGUUAAUCUUCCAAAAGGAUAUGGAUAUGUUGAGUUUAAGACACGAGCUGAUGCCGAGAAAGCUUUACUAUAUAUGGAUGGGGCCCAAAUUGAUGGCAAUGUGGUUCGAGCCAGGUUCACAUUACCUCCAAGGCAGAAGGUUUCCCCACCUCCAAGGCCUGUUGCUACCAUUCCAAAGAGAGAUACUCUGAAACCUGAUAAUGCCGGUGCAGAUGUUGAGAAGGAUGGACCCAAAAGGCAAAGAGAAUCUUUUCCUCUUCUAAAAUCUAUAGCAUCACCUCGAAAAAGGUCUCCAAUCUAUCGUAGAGAUGGAUCUCCUAGACGUCUUCCUGAUUCUCCUCCACGUCGACGUGCAGAUUCUCCUCGCCGGCGGAUGAAUUCUCCUUAUCGCCGUGGGGAUUCACCACCACCAAGACGGAGGCCACUAUCCCCAGCUAGGGGGCGUUCUCCAUCUUCUCCAAGGCGUUAUAGAUCACCUGCAAGGGGUUCUCCUAGGAGAAUGCGUGGUAGUCCGGUGCGGAGACGUUCUCCUCUUCCUCCAAGGAGACGUUCACCUCCUAGAAGAGGCCGUACUCCUCCAAGAAGGUCUCCCAUUCGUCGGCGCAGCCGCUCUCCAAUUCGUCGACCUGUUCGCUCGCGUUCAAGGUCAUUUUCACCAAGGAGAGGCCGAGGACCUGCUGCAAGGCGUGGACGUUCAUCAUCGAAUUCCAAAUCACCUAGUCCUCCACGCAGGGUUGCUCGGAAGAUAUCAAGAAGCCGUAGUCCUAAAAGGCCUUUGAGAGGUAGAAGCACUAGCAACAGCAGUACUAGCAGUUCGCCACCCCGUAAACCAUAAGUAGUAUGAGCGGGUUAUACCUAAUGUGUGGUCAGGAUCAUGGAUCGUUUGGGGCGAACUACCAGAAUGCACUUCGGUUCCCAUUUUGCUUACUUGAUGUAAAAUACUUGUUUAGUUUAAAUUUGCAACGGAUAAAGUGCACCCUGACAAGUUCCUGUUGUGUUGAUGAGGCUAGCUGAGAAUACACAAUCUUUUUGGAGAACAUGUUUGUUUAACCUUGCUGAUAUGCUGGUGCAGCUUGUAUGCAACUAUCGUGUCUAGUAUAGUUCUAAAAUUUGAUAACAAUUAAGGAUUUGUUGCAAUCCCUAUCACCUUGGAGAUUGUAUUCUUUUUUGUUCGUCUCGGAUCUCUGCUUAUAAUUAGAACUUCGGCUUUUCUGUUCCCA